AGAAAGUCCGAAAUGGAAAAAAUAACUGCGGAAAGGGGGCACCAAACACUCCCGCGCCUUCAUGCCCAAAAAAAAGGGGGGGAAAUCACUAAAAGAUCUACGAAAUCUCACGUGCUGACCGCAAAAAACCCUAGGGUUUUUGGAAUAGAAAGGGGUGAGAAAUGGAGAGUGGAACCGAGAUUUUCAGUAAAGGUUCACUCGUGGAAGUCAGUAGCGACGAAGACGGCUUCAAAGGCGCAUGGUAUGUAGCCACGAUUCUAGAGUCACCGCCCAAGUCCGCCUCCAAGAAGAGGUCCAGGGCUUUGGUGGAGUACCAGGACCUUCUGGUUGACGACGUUGGCUCCAAGCCGCUCACGGAGGUGGUCGACACUUCCUUCCUCAGGCCCCUACCGCCGCCGGAGGCCGACACCAACUUUUGCGUAAACGACAUCGUUGAUGCGUUUUACAGGGAUGGGUGGUGGACUGGCGUGAUCACUAGGAUUUCGGAGGAUUCGAAGUGCACUGUUUUCUUCCAGAACCCUCCCGACGAGAUUCAGUUUGACCGGUCCGAUUUGCGGGUGCAUAAGGAGUGGGUGGACGGCAAGUGGAUCAGACCCGAAAAGCAGAGAACGACAGGAUUGAUUUUUAGCCCAGGAGCAGCAGUAGAAGUGACCCUUAAUGAACAAAGUUCACGUGAUGCUUGGUUCCCUGCAAUUGUUCGUCGAGAAAUUGGGCUAGGCUCAUAUGUGGUGCAGUGCCAGAGCUUAAAAAAUAGUGGUGAAGCUGGGGUUCUGGAUGUAACUGUAGAUAACCUUCAUAUUCGACCAUCUCCUCCACGUUUGGAGGGCAGAAAAUUCGGCCUCUUGGAGAAGGUGGAUGCAUUUUAUGAUUAUGGUUGGUGGAAUGGAAUAGUUACCAAAGUUCUUACGGGUAGGAGGUAUGUUGUCUUCUUCAAGCAUACAAACAUGGAAAAGGAGUUCAUUCACUCGGACCUGAGGCCCCACAUGGAGUGGGUUGAUGGAAAAUGGGUUGGUGCUACACAGGAAGUUUUAGGUACGACAUAUUCUGAUGAACAGUUAGGGCUUGUCCUCAACAAUUCAAACAACACAUCUGUGGGCAUGCAACUUGAAAGUUCAGGCACUGUAAUAGAUGAUGCUGGAGAUAAGAUAUCUCAUUCUACAAGAUUCGAGAAGGACCGGUUGGAGCAACCUGCUACAUACCUUGAAAAUUCAACUUCUGUCAUGACUUCAAACAGGAAGAAAGUGAAGGAGACAACAUCUGGUGAUGAUGCUACACCUUCACGGCCAUCAAAGAAAUUAAAAGAGGGAGAUGUUGCAGAUGCCCCGAUAUCUCAUGCAGUAGGUCAGUUAAGGAUGGCACCAAUUGAAACAUUGAUUCAGGAAGUGCCAUGUGGUUUUGCCAACCCAACCACAGGAGGAACUGGUUCUAAUCAAACAGAGCAACCUGUGGCUGGCAAUCAAUCUUCUACAAAAACUGGUAGUGCUUCUCAGGGAAUGAAAGUCGGAAAUGAACAAAAAAGUAGUGGACUAGGCAAUCAAACACCAAAUUCUGUAAAAAGGAAGGGAAGACCUCCAAAAUCGCAAGUUAAAAUUGCACAACCUUUUCCAGCUGGUGAGGAGGUUAAUACAGUUCAGAAUGCUGAAGGAACUGUAGAAAAGGAGUAUACAACAAAUAAUGUUGACAUGGAUAUGGCUGUAGGAUUACCAUCUAAUGCUGAGGAAGGCACACUAGAUGAAAAUCCUUCUGACCAUCCUAAUGAGGAAUCUUUGAAGGUUAUGAGGGAUCAGAAAAGGCAUUUUGAUGCUACGGCAAGACACAAGAGCAAGGAGAUAGGGAAAAAGGAAGAAGGCACGGUGAGUACUCAAUUGAAGAGGAGAGGAAGGCCACCUAAGAAACUGGAGAAUAGAAACCCAGAAGCUUCAUCGGAAGGAAGAGCACCUAGAGUAUCAUUUAAAAGAAGCCCAAAAGAUUCAUCAGCUGGAAGAGCCCCCAAAUUACCUGUUAAAAGAAGCCCCAGGACUUCAAUGAGGGAGCCUAAAUUGAAACGCCAAAGGGCUUCCGCUGUAGGAACCAAAAUAAAAGGCCCCAAAGCUACAUCUGAAGGAUCUAACUUAAAUAACCAAAUGGAGUUGGAGGCAGGCCUUGAUUUAAAUAGCCUAUAUGCUUCAGCAGCAGGUAAGGAUGAUAAUGAAGUUGGAGGGGUUGCCUAUGAAAUGGCCAUAAAAGAUUGUAAGAUGAAUGAGGUUGAAUUACCUAUGAGCACAGUGGUCGAGUCUUCAGCUAAGAGGGGUUCACAAACUGAAAUUCCUGUUCGACAUUCAAGGAGGGCAUAUAGGAAACGUACCACAAAUCAGAAUCUUCUUGGUAGUAGGCAGAAGAAUGUAGAAGGCAUCAAAAUUAGAACGCCUCGAACAAGAAAACAAAAGCUUCCGGAUGAAUCAAUUGGGCAAGCAUUAAGCAAGCAAUUGGUGAAGAGUUCAUCGAAGAGGGGAAGAAGACGAAGCAUAAACAUAAAUUCUGCGCCUCCAACUCAAGGUGUGAAAAUGUCUUUCUACUGUACAGGCUCUCAAGACGCACUUGGAGAGAAAACAGCUCCACUUGCGGAGAUAGACAGCAAAACAAAACAGGUUGAAAUGGCUGUCUCUGGAGUGCACAGUGUGCCUGAUGAUCAACCUCUGAAAAUGUGGUUUGAGGGAAUGCACAGUCCAGGCGUGGCAGAUAAUUCAAAACUCUCCCCUGGUCAGACUGUGAACCAGUGGAAUGAGGCAAGGGAAAGACCUAGUGAAGUAACACAAUCUCCUAGAAUUGAUCCCACUGGAGAAAUUAUGCUGGACCUGAAUCAAAGCCUCCCCUUUGUGAAAAGCUCCCCAAUUUGGAACACACUUGAGACUCUGGAAGUAUUCCAGAGGAUGCCACAGAAACCACAUUUUCGUCCACUGGAAAAUUGUAAAGAGGAACGUCGGGAAGGCUUAGCCAUUGGUAAUAUGGUGACCUUCUCCACCUUGAUAGAGAAGGUAGCCAAACUCAGAUUUGAUGAUCCUAGAAGCAUCUUUGGUAGCAGCUUGGAAGCACUAGUGGAGCUGGAAAUGCAUGGUUUUGACACCAAGCCAGUGCAGAGUCGCAUAAAUGAGCUGGUCUUCAUUAAAGAUCAGCAAGAACAGCUGAAGGGCAGGACCAAAGAAGUCGAAAAUCAGAUCAUGGAGCACACUCAUGAGAAGACGAAAAUUGACGAAGAAAUAUAUGAGAUAGACAAGAAGAUGAUUGAGCUACAAGAGAAGCGUGCACUGGCUGUGUCAAACAAGGAGAGCAAGGAUUCAGAAAUUGCAGCACUGCUGUCGAGUGUGGAUGCCAUGAAUGAAAGCAUCCAGAGUGCGAGGCAGGAUUUUGAGAGGGUAGCUACUUCCCCAUGGUAAAUGGCAACCCUCGACUCUCGACAGAGCUGAUGUUGCAAGUAACACAUCUCACUAGUAGUGCUAGUCCACAGCUGUUUUUGUGCAUGAAACUAGAUGUAGCCCAUUAGAGUAUCUUUAUUCAUGGUCGACAUAGAUGUUUUUCAUUUGUAGAUGCUUGCUUUGUUGCUUUUGUUUAUUUGUUUUGGUUUCUAAGCUAAGCACUGUUAAAGGUCCUCCAUUUUCUUCCUUUGUUGAAUCAACCCUCCUGUACCAUGUGUGCAAAUUUGGUUAAAUAUUCAAUCCUCAUCCUCUCACCCUAUGCUUAAUUGAAUGGCUUAUUAGGGCAUAAAACUUGCGUGGCAGAUUCUGAUUUUAUUUAAUUAGAUUGUUUUAACCCCAGCGAUUAUGAGUAGACAAUCUUUGGGAUUUAUUUUAUUUUAUUUUUAAAAUUUGCAGUUUUCAAAUUAUGCAAGGCCAAUUAGAUUUUUCAUUAAAAAAAAAAAACAUCCAAAAUGAUGAUGAGCUGUACAAAUGUUUGGCAUAAAAAUAUUACCAGAUUUUUUACAAAUUUAAUAUUACUGUGAAGUUUAUGAAAGAAAUGUUUAUUUCAUUUAUUUUUCGGAGGGGGAGCAUUUACUGUGGGAGGGGUGUUAAAGUCAUUUUCCCUUUUGGGUGGCAGAAAAUGGAAGUUGAGAUGCGAACUUGCGUGACGCCGUUAUCCGUACGAGAAUCAGAGGCCCUGUUCUCCACCCAAUAAUAUAAGCCCACGUGUCCACUCACAGUCGCCACUUCCUAGGCCACUCCUGAUUUCUCCGACGCCGGCCCGACCAUGGUCACGGAGGCGGAGGGGUUGAAGAAGGGAGAGAAGGUGGAGGUGAGCAGCGAAGAAGAAGGACUGCGAGGAUCGUGGUACACGGCGACCGUGCUUCGGCCGGUUACGAAGAAGACCAAGAAAAUCUACGUGGAGUAUCAUACGCUGAUGUCGGAGGAGGACGACUCUAAGCCGCUGAGAGAGUCGGUGGACGCGAUUCUAGUGCGGCCGUACCCGCCGCGGGAGGUGGGCCGGCGCUUCAAGCUCAUGGAGGAAGUGGACGCCUUCUACAGCGACGGGUGGUGGGAGGGAGUGGUGACGCAGGUUCUGGAGAAUUCGAGGUACUCAGUGUUCUUCAGGACUUCGAGGGAGCAGAUCGACUUUCACCAGGUGGAUCUGCGGCUGCAUCGAGAGUGGGUGAGGGGAAAUUGGGUGCCACCGCUGGAGGAAUCUCAGUCGUGAAGAUUUCAUGCAGCAGACUAUGUUCUCAGUGGAAGCUCUUCUCAUCCUUCUUUGUUGCCAUGGAUAAAGCUGCCAUUUUUGCUGCGGAUAGUUUUUCAUGGGGGACUUCUGCCGCAACAUUACAUGUUUCUUUAACAGCUCUAACUUGAUCUCUGUGAGGACCUACUUUGGUAGGUUUUACCUUAGUGUAGUUACUUUUCAAGUUCAUGAAGCAAAAGAUGUGGAAAACCUGGUGUAUUGCCCCUCAAAAUCUUGAUUGAGUUUCUAGUUCUCAGCCUUUUAUGUACUUCCUGUAAGAGAGUAUGCAUCUUUGAUUGGGUACCUGGUAUCCACCCAUAUCAGUAUUUCGAUUCCGAUGUGGUACUAAAUUUUGUUUUUUGGAAAAUGCGAAGUUGUUUGCGCACUGCUUGAA